GUGUGUGUGAGGGAUCAUGCAAAUGUGAAUUAGCUGCAGAACAAAUGCCUAAUGGUUGUGGAGAAAGAGACCACAAGUUCAACUCUAGGGGAACAUGAAUGAGAGUUACCAGCAACAGAUCUCUCACCACUCUAGGGUCCCUGGACACUAAUGCCUAGCGCAGGGUGCUCAGAAGCCCCUAGCCAUCCGAGGGAGCCGAAGCGCCUGCGAUAUGACCCCUGAGAGCUGGUUAUGGUUUGGGGUAGGCUCCCUAAACACUUGGAAGAGACCGCCCCGGUAGGGCGGGCGGGAACGUAGUUUGGUGAUCUGAGAAAGGCUGGUGUGUUGAUUUGACCGAAAGGCUGUCUCAUCACGACUAUAGGUGGUAUCGUGGCCUCAGGGACAUGCUCGAAAAUAGGAAUGGGCUAGUAAUUUGUUGGAUUCUGAAAGGGAGGAUAAGGUGGAGGGUUUCUGUACACCGUUUCGUCUACUCUUCUUAAGCUGCUAGAGGUGGAGUUACCAAAGGACUGCUCUGGUGUCUAGACGUUCGGUCGGGCAGAGGUGAGGGAGGAGAGGGAGGAAGUGAGAUUCUUAGGAAAGCAGUGUGCCUGCAGGCUUCUCGAGUGAUCUCGGGUUUUGAGCAUAGAAACGAACCAUGAUGGUGCGCACGGAGCACAAACAAUGCCUUGAGAUCAGGCUAAGGGGAGAGAAGGAGACGGAAUUGGAUAUAGCCUGUAUUCUAGGCACCAAGCUUAGAAACAGGGGAAUACUCCCCCCGCAGUCCUACGGUGCUGGAAUGCAGUGUAGAGGUUUGGUAACACUUUACAGGGUCCCUAAGCCAGCAGGACAAGCCAUCAUUAGGGCUUGAACCUUGGGCUCCAUUAUUAGGAAGCUGAGAAUGAAGCAGACAAUUAAGGCAAGUUUAGUAACUACCUACUAAGUCUUAGUUUUUCCUUAUGACAUCAGGGUGAUACUUACCUUCAGUUGUUUGGGGGCUUACAUGAGAACAAUAUGUGUAAAGUUCUUAGCACAGCGCUUGGAUCAUUUACAAACACAAACUAUAAGGUAACAAAAGAAUAGCGAUAGAGUUGGGGAUUUAUGUGCAUGCUGUGGCCAGAGAGCAAUCUCCAUCUUCUGUUUUUCUGCAAGUUUUGAUGACUCCUCUUUUCCCUCUCCCUGAUUUUUUUUUUUUUUUUUUUUUUUUUUUUGGUCUUCGGGCACCAGCCCAAAUUCCAUCAUUCCUCCCUGUAUUCCUCUCCCAAGAUCUGGGCCCCAGACUGAGGCAAUUUGCUGUGUCCCAGUUUGACUUCAUCUUAAAUCCAUUCUCUCUGACCACCCCCCCCCCCCCCACCUAUUCUGUGCUGUAAUAGUAACUAGAAAGUCUGCCUCUAAAGAGGGGCCCCAGGGAAGGAGCAAAGGUGCGUUCUCUCUCAGAACCUAGGCCUCCAAUUUACCCGCCCUAGCUCUUUGGUACCUGGCCAGCAACCGUGUACAGUCUGGUGACGGGGAAAAGCCAAUGCCAGGAGUUUUAAGACCCAGCUGAGGGAGGGUAAAAGUAGGUCCCGCAAAGAGAACCAGGCAUGGGGGCGGGGGAGGGGGACCCCCUUCCUCCUAACUGUCUCUCCAGGAAUUUUUGGCUUUUGUACAGGACCGCUGUCGUUGGGUUGGGGGAGGCGCCAAGGCUGUGUGCAUGUCCUGGGCCAUCAGCCAAGAGAACACGAUGUUCCCUAGUGCGCUGGCCGCCGCCCUCUGGGGCUGGCCGCCUCCCAAACCGCUGCCUCUCCAGCCUCCCUGCCCCACAUUCCCCAGCUGCCUCGCCCCGCCUCCUGCCUCCGCUUUGACGUCACCUCCCUCUCCUGCCCCCGCUUCUCCAUUGACGGCAGCAGAGCCUGGUUACUGUGGGGGACUGAUGAGGCCCGACAGCCUGGGCCUUGGGAUCAGGUUGGGGCUGUUUGGAGUGCUGAAACCUUUUGUCUGUGUAAAUGACAGAUAGGGAAGUGGGCGAGCAAUGGCUGCUUGGGUCAGAGGAAUCACACCUAAAUCCUUGAGAGCUGUGGAAAGAGAAAGGGGUCUGGAAAAAAAAAAAAGGACAGCACACGGUCACAACGCAGUACGAGGGGGCAGGAGAGCAGCAUCAUUUUCAGGAGGAGGAAGCUGAGCACUCAGCCUCCCGUGUCUUUUGUUUUCUGUGUUUCCCUGCUUCUGUUUUUCUGGGUUAUUUUAUAACAGGUCUGUGUCCCAGCAUUUCUAUAGAACCUUGUCUCGCCCGCCUCCUCUAAGGGAAACACCAUUGUUAAGGAAAGCUUUAGCCACGUGACAGUGAGGGGCGUGCACUUAACAGCUGAUUAUGUCAGCCGCUGCGUGUUGGCCUCUUCACUUGCCACCUACGUUUGCAGGGAAGCCUGAGAACUACUCAGCCCAGGCCUAGGGAAGGGGACUCUGUCACUGUAGCUCUCCUGGACCCAGACUGGCAUGUUGUCCCCCCCUCCCCAAAAUCGAGUCUCUAUUCUCUUUUUAUGAAUCAAUGCUCUACUUUUCUUUUGAAAACAUAAUUUGUUGCCUCCUCUCCUGAGGCUCUCUCUCCCCUACCUAUCCUUAAUAGAAACAGAGCCAUCCUGUUUACCGAGCAUCUACUGUCAGUCCUGACGCUGAGACGUACUUACCUUACUGCUGAGAAUACAGUAAAUGAGACAGAUGGGCUUGCUGCUGGGUUCAUGAACCUUGGCUUUUGUAUUCUAAGCAGCAGGAAUAAAAAGCCCAAUAAAAAGCCCUUGCCACCCAGCCACCCAUCCUUUUUCUGCCUACUGCUGCAACUGCCCUCUCUGCUGCCCCUUUUGUAGUACUGGCUUCCUGGUCCCCACUUUUGGGGCAGCCCUAAAUGUGGGUGGCUGCAUCCUCUGCAGAGGCAGCACUAGUCACCAAGUAGGCUUCCUGGAGACCUUUUCUCUGAUUGGCUAGUGAAGCACCUGCUUUUGUUUCCUUUCACAGUAGCCAUUGGCUUUCCCUGUCCUUUCCGUUUGUCCGUAUCCUUCCAUCACCCACUCACCCCUUAACGACACGUGGGCCCUCAAUUGCCCUUCUCUCAGGAUCUGAAGGGUCAGAGGAAAGGGUUGGAUUCUUUAUAACAAGGCUGGGGAGAGGCCAGGGAAUGUCAGUCUAGGUUUUUCUCUCUCCCACUUCCCUUGGGUAGCAGACAUUUCAUUCACCCGGCACCAGGACAGGUGUCUUGUUCUGCCAAGCUGGUCAGUUUAGGAAGUAGGUUUCUCUUGAGCACUUCCUGUGGCCCAGGUAUCCUCCCUGAAAAGGGGUAGUUUCCCUCCCUCACUUCCCUUUCAUUAUUGACGGUGUGAGACAUCCUGAUCGCAUUGGCUGACUGAGCGGUGUCUGAGGCCCUUCAGCCCAGCACCAGCACCCAAGUCCACGUGCAGGGAUGUGUGUGACACAGCCCUGACCUCAGUGGGGGCCAGUAGCCAAUCAGAUGCCAGGAAGAGAUCCUUAGCCAACCGGGGGCGGGGCCUGCGGCUCUUCGGGCAGAAGGCCAAUGAGGGGCAGGGCCUGGCAUUAUGCAACCCGCCUCCCAGCCUCGCGGAGCUUCUGGGUUGCGGGCCGAAACGGCAAGCGGAUGGAGGGCGCUCGAACGGCCAGGUGUCGUGAUUAAAUUAGUCAGCCCUCAGAGACAGGCGUCCUACCUCCUUUAUCCAGACCUCAAAAGCCCCGUUGUGCACCCGUGGUGGCUUCUUCACCUUCCCUGUUUCGUCCUCCACUGUAUGGCCCAGACAUGAGUGGUCCCCUAGAAGGGGCCGAUGGGGGAGGAGACCCCAGGCCCGGAGAACCUUUUUGUCCUGGAGGAGUCCCAUCCCCUGGGGCCCCGCAGCACCGGCCUUGUCCAGGCCCCAGCCUGGCUGAUGACACUGAUGCAAACAGCAAUGGCUCAAGUGGCAAUGAGUCCAACGGACCCGAGUCCAGGGGCGCAUCUCAGCGGAGUUCUCAUAGUUCCUCUUCUGGCAAUGGCAAGGACUCAGCUCUGCUGGAGACCACUGAGAGCAGCAAGAGUACAAACUCACAGAGCCCAUCCCCACCCAGCAGCUCCAUUGCCUACAGCCUCCUGAGUGCGAGCUCAGAGCAGGACAACCCAUCUACCAGUGGCUGCAGCAGUGAACAGUCAGCUCGAGCCAGGACCCAGAAAGAACUCAUGACUGCACUUCGGGAGCUCAAACUUCGACUGCCACCAGAGCGUCGGGGCAAGGGCCGCUCUGGGACCUUGGCCACACUGCAGUACGCUCUGGCCUGUGUCAAGCAGGUUCAGGCUAACCAGGAAUAUUACCAGCAGUGGAGUCUGGAGGAGGGUGAGCCUUGUGCCAUGGACAUGUCUACUUACACCCUGGAGGAAUUGGAGCAUAUCACAUCCGAAUACACACUUCGAAACCAGGACACCUUCUCUGUGGCUGUGUCCUUCCUGACAGGCCGGAUUGUCUAUAUUUCGGAGCAGGCAGGUGUCCUGCUGCGUUGCAAACGGGAUGUGUUUCGGGGUGCCCGCUUCUCAGAGCUCCUGGCUCCCCAGGAUGUGGGUGUCUUCUAUGGCUCUACUACACCAUCUCGACUGCCCACCUGGGGCACUGGCACCUCUGCAGGUUCAGGUCUCAAGGACUUCACCCAGGAAAAGUCUGUCUUCUGCCGAAUCAGAGGAGGUCCUGACCGGGAUCCAGGGCCUCGGUACCAGCCAUUCCGCCUAACCCCAUAUGUGACCAAGAUUCGGGUCUCAGAUGGAGCCCCUGCACAGCCGUGCUGCCUACUCAUUGCCGAGCGCAUCCACUCUGGUUAUGAAGCUCCCCGGAUCCCUCCUGACAAGAGGAUCUUCACCACCCGACACACACCAAGCUGCCUCUUCCAGGAUGUAGAUGAAAGGGCUGCCCCACUGCUGGGUUACCUUCCCCAGGAUCUCCUGGGGGCUCCAGUACUUCUCUUUCUACAUCCUGAGGACCGACCCCUCAUGCUGGCCAUUCAUAAGAAGAUACUGCAGCUGGCAGGCCAGCCCUUUGACCAUUCCCCUAUUCGCUUCUGUGCUCGGAACGGGGAAUAUGUCACCAUGGACACCAGCUGGGCCGGUUUUGUGCACCCCUGGAGCCGCAAGGUGGCUUUCGUGUUGGGUCGCCAUAAAGUGCGCACGGCACCCCUGAAUGAGGACGUCUUCACUCCCCCAGCCCCCAGCCCAGCUCCGUCCCUGGACUCUGAUAUCCAGGAGCUCUCAGAGCAGAUCCAUCGAUUGCUGCUGCAGCCUGUGCACAGCUCCAGCCCCACGGGGCUCUGUGGAGUUGGCCCUCUGAUGUCCCCUGGUCCUCUACACAGCCCUGGCUCCUCCAGUGAUAGCAAUGGGGGGGACGCUGAGGGGCCUGGGCCUCCUGCUCCAGUGAGUAACGGCUUCCACGGCGCCUUUCCUGUUGUCCAUUCCAUUGUGCAUCAUCAUUGCCAGUCCCUCGUGCUACUCCCACCCAGCCUCCUUGCUACAGGUACAUUCAAAGCCAAAGUCCUUCCCUGCCAGUCCCCAAACCCCGAACUGGAGGUGGCCCCAGUUCCUGACCAAGCCUCGUUAGCCUUGGCCCCUGAGGAGCCAGAGAGGAAAGAAACCUCUGGCUGUUCCUACCAGCAGAUCAACUGCCUGGACAGCAUCCUCAGGUAUUUGGAGAGCUGCAACAUUCCCAGUACAACCAAGCGUAAAUGUGCCUCCUCCUCCUCCUACACUGCCUCUUCAGCCUCUGAUGAUGACAAGCAGAGGGCAGGUCCAGUUCCUGUGGGGGCCAAGAAAGAUCCGUCGUCAGCAAUGCUGUCUGGGGAGGGGGCAACUCCUCGGAAGGAGCCAGUGGUGGGAGGCACCCUGAGCCCGCUCGCCCUGGCCAAUAAGGCAGAGAGCGUGGUGUCCGUCACCAGUCAGUGUAGCUUCAGCUCCACCAUCGUCCAUGUGGGAGACAAGAAGCCCCCGGAGUCGGACAUCAUCAUGAUGGAAGACCUGCCUGGCCUGGCCCCUGGCCCAGCCCCCAGUCCGGCCCCCAGCCCCACAGUAGCCCCUGACCCAACCCCAGAUGCUUAUCGCCCAGUGGGUCUGACCAAGGCCGUGCUGUCCCUGCACACACAGAAGGAAGAGCAAGCCUUCCUCAACCGCUUCAGAGAUCUUGGCAGGCUUCGUGGACUUGACACCUCUUCUGUGGCCCCCUCAGCCCCUGGCUGCCACCAUGGCCCCAUUCCCCCUGGUCGCCGACACCACUGCCGAUCUAAAGCAAAGCGUUCCCGCCACCACCACCACCAGACCCCCCGGCCCGAAACUCCCUGCUAUGUCUCCCAUCCUUCACCUGUGCCCUCUUCUGGACCCUGGCCACCCCCACCAGCCACGACCCCCUUCCCAGCAAUGGUCCAGCCCUACCCACUCCCAGUAUUCUCCCCUCGAGGAGGACCCCAGCCCCUUCCCCCUGCCCCUACAUCUGUGUCCCCUGCUACCUUCCCUUCUCCCUUAGUGACCCCAAUGGUGGCCUUGGUGCUCCCUAACUAUCUAUUCCCUACCCCACCUAGUUAUCCAUAUGGGGUGUCCCAGGCCCCUGUUGAGGGGCCACCCACGCCUGCUUCCCACUCGCCCUCUCCAUCCCUGCCCCCACCACCUCUCAGCCCCCCCCACCGCCCAGACUCCCCACUGUUCAACUCGAGAUGCAGCUCCCCACUCCAGCUCAAUCUGCUGCAGCUUGAGGAGUCCCCCCGCACGGAGGGGGGCGCUGCUGCAGGAGGCCCAGGAAGCAGUGCUGGGCCCCUGCCUCCCAGUGAGGAGACUGCUGAGCCAGAGGCCAGAUUGGUGGAGGUUACUGAGUCGUCCAAUCAGGAUGCACUUUCAGGCUCCAGCGACCUGCUGGAGCUACUGCUCCAAGAAGACUCUCGCUCGGGCACAGGCUCCGCAGCCUCAGGCUCCCUGGGCUCUGGCCUGGGCUCUGGGUCUGGUUCAGGAUCCCACGAAGGGGGAAGCACCUCAGCCAGCAUCACCCGCAGCAGUCAGAGCAGCCAUACAAGCAAGUACUUUGGCAGCAUCGACUCUUCCGAGGCUGAAGCUGGGGCUGCUCGGGCCAGGACUGAGCCUGGGGACCAGGUCAUUAAGUGUGUGCUCCAGGACCCCAUCUGGCUGCUCAUGGCCAAUGCCGACCAGCGUGUCAUGAUGACAUACCAGGUGCCGUCCAGGGAUGCAGCCUCUGUGCUGAAGCAAGACCGGGAGAGGCUCCGGGCCAUGCAGAAACAGCAGCCACGGUUCUCAGAGGACCAGAGGCGGGAACUGGGUGCUGUGCACUCCUGGGUCCGGAAGGGCCAGCUGCCUCGGGCCCUUGAUGUGACGGCGUGUGUGGACUGUGGCAGCAGCGUUCAAGAUCCUGGCCACUCUGAUGACCCCCUCUUCUCAGAACUGGAUGGAUUGGGGCUGGAGCCCAUGGAAGAGGGUGGAGGCGAGGGUGGUGGGUGUGGUGUUGGCGGUGGUGGGGGUGAUGGUGGUGAGGAGGCCCAGACCCAAAUUGGGGCUAAGGGUUCAAGCUCUCAGGACUCUGCCAUGGAGGAAGAAGAGCAAGGUGGGGGCUCAUCCAGCCCAGCUUUACCUGCAGAAGAAAACAGCACCAGCUAGACUCCAUUUUGGGGCCGCUUACAGCAGUCUAAUGAGAGGCUUCCUUUCGACCAUGUUGGGGUUCUUAUAACUCAAGAUACAGCUGGACCAACCAAUAGGAAACUGCCCCAGCUUCUCCCAACAUAGGGGGCUGGACCCCCAUUACCAGCCCAGGCACAGGAGCUGCCUCUAGCUUCUUAGCAGAGUGGAAGUUCUCAGCCCCAUUUGGAGGAUUGUCCACGCCCGUCCCACUGAGGAGACGGGCGGGUCUUCGGUUAAGGUUGCUGACAAGCUGCUGAAGUGGUCUGUCCAAAUCCCAGCUGAGCCUGAGUCCCAGUCGCAGGGUUGGGGCUGCACUUAUUUAUUUGGGAGAGACAGCUCACUCUCCCACCUCACCCCAAGAUGGGAGGAGGGGAACCUGGGAUCUGUGUAGGAUCCAGGUCCGUGAACCCCUAGCUGCUCCAGGGUGGGGGAGGUUGGUGGACCAUGGAGUCCCUGGUGCUGCCCCUCAGGUGGGACCCAGGUGUUCUCAGCUCUACCCUCUACCAAUGACAUUUGUGUUUUUGAUAUUGUGUCUGUUAUUUUUUUUUUAAUACAAAAUGACAAAAUGAAAAA